CGAAGCAACACCAGCCAGACAUGUGCUCCAGCAGCUGUGCCAAGUGCCUUGGGGCCACCCUCGUCCCUCUGGCUCUCUGCUCCAUCGUGGCCAACAUUUUGCUUUAUUUCCCCAACGGCGAGACCAAAUAUGCUCAGGAAGACAGCCUCACUUUGUAUGUGUGGUUUUUCACUGGGAUAGCUGGAGGGGGAAUAGUCAUGUUCCUGCCAGCAACUGUAUUCAUGACAGUUGGGGACUGUGACAAAGAUGGCUGUGGGAGGAGCUGUGUGAUGUUUGGCUCAGUCCUGGCUGCUCUGAUUGGUGUAGCUGGUUCUGGGUACUGCUUCAUUGUCUCUGCACUGGCCUUGGCUAAAGGACCCUACUGCCUCACACUACUGGGCUGGAUGUACCCUUUCCAAGAUGGAAAUGGAAGGUACCUGACAGACCCCGACUCCUGGUCCACCUGCCUGUCACCAGCCCAUGUGGUGGAGUGGAACGUCACCCUCUUCUCCAUCCUGCUGAUCCUCAGUGGCCUGGAGGUCAUCAUCUGCGUCAUCCAGGCCAUCAACGGGCUUCUGAGCUGCUUGUGUGGGUCGUGCUGCAGCAUGGAGAAUUACAGCUUGAACGCCUGAGAGCCUCACCUGAUGCACAACCUCUUCCGCAAUGCGCUCCUCCUCAGCUCUGCGCAAUCUACAUCAACUCUGUAAGGGGUGGAGCUACAGUGAGCAAUUAAAAACUGACCUGUCUGUACCAGUCACAAAGGUUGGCUGUCCACAGCAAAAUUGCAUGUUUAAGUCAGGGAGUCAUUAGUAUAUGAUGGCUCCAGCCAUUUGAGUAUUCAUGUAGCCUCACUCUCCCAUGAUUCCUGAGGUUUUCAGAGAAGGCUGCAUAUAAAGCAUUUCAUAUU